AUGAUUAUUAGAUACAAUAAGAUAAAGAAUAGAAUUGAAGAAAAAAAUGAAAUUGAUCGAUUGAGAGACUUUCAAUUCUGGUACAUGCAAAUUACUAAUAAUGAAACUAAUAUAGAAAGAUUAAAAGAUUUUUGGUUAAAAGAAAUUGCUAAAUCUAAAUUAGAAACUGCUGAUAAAGGAAAACUUAAUGAUCUUAGAGAAGAAU